CUCCUCCAGACGAUCAAAUGUCACUAUAAGUUGAGAGCUGCAUCACCUUGGGACGCUCGCAGAUCCCAGCCUGCCCGUCCCCUUCAGCAGGGAGCUUGGUGCUUCUCUCCACUCCUCUGAGAAACUCGUUGCCAACAUGUCUGAUACCGAGGAAGUGGAUCAAGGAGAGGAGGAGUACGAAGAAGAAGAAGAGGUUCAAGAAGAAGAAGCUCAGGAGGAAGAAGUCCAUGAACCAGCCCCCCCUCCAGUUCAUGAGCCAGAGGAGACCCAUGAAGAAGCUGAUGAAGAAGGCGGAUACUAUGAUGAGGAGAAGCCCAGAAUAAAACUAACUGCUCCUAAAAUACCGGAGGGUGAGAAAGUAGACUUUGAUGACAUCCAAAAGAAAAGGCAGAACAAAGACCUGAUUGAACUGCAGGCCUUGAUUGACAGCCACUUUGAAGCCAGGAGAAAGGAAGAGGAAGAGCUGGUUGCCCUCAAGGAGAGGAUUGAGAAGCGCAGAGCUGAAAGAGCAGAGCAACAGAGAAUCCGGGCUGAGAAGGAGAAGGAGCGUCAGGCAAGGCUUGCGGAGGAAAAGGCACGGAGAGAGGAAGAAGAUGCCAAGAGAAAAGCCGAGGAUGAUCUCAAGAAGAAGAAGGCUCUGUCCUCCAUGGGUGCCACAUACAGCAGCUAUCUGGCUAAGGCUGAUCAGAAGAGAGGAAAGAAGCAAACAGCUAGAGAGACGAAGAAGAAGGUCCUGGCAGAGAGGCGCAAGCCCUUGAACAUUGACCAUCUGAAUGAAGACAAGCUGAGGGACAAGGCUAAGGAACUGUGGGACUGGUUAUACCAGCUGGAGACUGAAAAGUAUGACUUUACAGAGCAGAUCAAGAGGAAAAAAUACGAGAUUUUAACAAUGCGUUGCAGGCUGCAGGAGCUUUCCAAGUUCAGCAAGAAGGCAGGAGCCAAGGGCAAGGUUGGCGGGCGCUGGAAGUAAAGAACCAGGCAGGAUGGCUGUUAGUGGCGUGCUGAAACCCUGCUGGUCUCUUCUUUCUUCCUUCACCAAUCACUUGUGUUCCCACGCCUCAAUAACAGAAAUUGCAACAUCAGCCUGCGUUGGCUAUUGCUGCUGCUUUUGUUCUUUUUCUUUCUGGAGGGGUCUGGUGGCUUCCUCAGUCAAAAGGAAGCAGGUUCCCUGUGGAACUGAGAUGACUCCUUGCUGGCAUCUUCAAUUCCUGCUGAGCAUGUCCUUUAUCCUCCUGAUACCAGCCCUAUGCUGUCCUGUAGAUUGCUGUGUACAAAUCUCUGGAUUUUGUAAAUAAAGCAUGACCAGUACCUACUCCAAUGACA